AUCGGCAAUCGUUUAUAUUCCUUAGUCUUUGGUUGAGCCUUGUUUAGUACAUUGGCGCUAUUUCUUAAUAAAUAAAUUAGAAGCACAAAUGGAUUCUCUAAGAUAAAGUGAGCUUCACUAAGAUAGCUUCAGAAGAGGCGCCUAGUGUUAGAAGAUAUUUUGGAAUUGAAUGGCUAUGUACUACUACGCAAGCAAACUGAAUGAGGCGUCAUGUAGCGGGUGUUCAGUGAAGGUGCCCCCGGUCAGCGAGCCCGCAACCACCUCCACAGACUUUGUGCCCCUCACUGUUGAUCCCGCGUUAUUGCACGGCUCCGGAUUGUCAUAUUAUGAUAAUGAUGAUUACUACUCAAUGGUAAGAGGCAACAAAUUGAUGUCGGAGUCAAGCUGCAAGCACAUGGUCAUGAAUGGAGGACUCGGAUAUAUGUCUGCACAGAAAGUGGAGCCUGGACAGAACCAGGGUAAUGGCGGUGUAAGUGUGGGCAUGGGCGUGGGUGGGGGCGAAGAGGUGGAGUACCGUGAUGGGCAGCUGGUGAGUGCCAGCCUCGAGGCGCUGGUGGAUAUGUUGCGGCCGGGUGCGCCGCCCUCAUUCACAUUCACAUUCCUGCUGUGCUCACGUCUAUUCCUGAAGCCGCACGAGCUGCUCGCCAAACUGUGCAAAAGAUAUUUUAAGAAUUACGACAAACCUGGCAAGGCGGAUGAGAGCAAGGAGUGCCCGGAGAAGGAGCUGGCUGACAUGGGUGCACUGGUCCGCGUGCUCACCCAGUGGACCGGCAUGUUCCCUUAUGACUUCCGUGACGACCGUGUCAUGGCACUCGUCAGGACCAUCACACAGAGAUGUGCGUCGGAGCAGAUGGCAGGUAUGAGGUCGGAGGUGUCCCGCACACUGGAGCGCCUGCUGGACAGGCUGACCGCACUCGAGCAGUACGAGCAGUCGCUGCCGGAGCCUGCGCCCCUUUGCACCGUUGAACAGCUGCCACAGGGCGACAUCCUCACACUCGGCCUGUCGCCUGUGGAACUUGCACGUCAGCUGACAGCAGUGGAACUAUACCGGCUGUCGUUUGUGGGCCCCGAGGAGUUCCUGCAGGCCUUCUCCCCGCCAGCGGCCAAGACCCCCGCCGCGCCUAAGACCACACGCAACCUGGAGGCCUACGCGGACUGGUUCAACCGUCUUAGUUAUCUCGUCGCUACUGAUAUUAUUAAGCCGGUGAAGAGCAAACAGCGGGCUCGGUUGCUGGAGCAGUGGGUGACGACGGCACGCGAGUGCUUCAACCUCGGCAACUUUAACUCUCUGAUGGCCAUCAUCAGCGCACUCAACAUGGCUCCCAUUGCCAGGCUCAAAAAGACGUGGAGUCGUGCGUCUCCAGUGUGUGGCCAGCAGCUGCGCCAGCUGGAGCUGUGCGUUGAACCUGGAGGCAACCAUGCCAGGUACCGCGCGGCGCUGGCGGCGGCGCCGGGCGAGACGGCGGUGCCUCUCCUCUCAGUCACCUGUCGUGACCUGCACUUCGCGCACCAAUCCGCGCCCACAAGAGUGUCAGGUGGGCGUGUGAACUUUGAGAAGUGCUGUGCGCUGGCGCGGCCGGUGCGCGCUCAGCUGGCGGCGCGACGGCUGGGCGAGACACACGGCACACCGCAUCGCCCCGCCCACGCUGUCAACGCCCACGUCACAAACACGCCCACUUGGCGAUUCUUCCUUGACAGACCCGCGUUAUCCGAAACAGCUCUGGAGCUGGUGUCAUUCGAGCGCGAGCCCCCGGCCGACCACCUGGAGAAGGAGCGGCUGAAGCGCCUCAAGGGGGCAGCCCCCUAACUCUCGCCCCCCAUCGUGCGACACGUCAUACGUAUGUUCCGCAACAUUUAGCUCUACCCCAGAGAGCUGUGGCGAGACACGGCGCUCCUGGUGCACGCCGACGUGCCCUGGACCGUGCACCAGUAGACCUUCAGGUGAUCGCGGAGUGAGCUUCGCUUGCAGUAACACUUUCCUCUGCGAGUGAACUCACCUGCGCCCCCGUCUGCUGCAGCUCUCUGGCAGAAGAAGAGGGAGUCGCCCCCGCUGCGCCCGCCCCACUCCGCCCCACUCCGCCCCGCCCACUGCCACAUCUCACACGGAGAUGAUAAUGAAGUAAAAACGAGUCCUACAGUGUACUCUCUGAUGAAGUAUUAAGGCUGUGCUUUCAUUUUGUAUUAUAUUAAAAAAUAAUUAGAUGCGGAAGUGGUUUGACUUGUGUAUAUAAAAAAGGCGAGCGAUAGCGGCGCGCGACCCACAGACAUACAAACGGACAAUUCAAUCCAGUGAUAUGUUUAAAAACUAGUAUCAAUGUGAACCGAACCUAAACAUGUUGCAAGACUACUAAAUGUGAUUUUACUAAGAUCUGAUUGUGAAUAUCGAGUCAUAUAAUUGUG